AUCUAACAUUAGUUCAGUUAUUAAGUUCAAUUACUAAAUUUUUAUAAUGUUAGUUAUAGUAUUUUUGGUGAUGCUUCAUAAGACAGUGGGGCAUGUAGUUGGUAAUGUAGAAACCUAUCCACAUUUAAAUAGUCCCACACAUAGUUGCAAAGUAUAUGAAGACGAGAUAGACUUUUUGCGAUCAAAAGUGACUUUCUGUGAACGAGCUAGACAAAAUAGUAUAAAUGAUUGUUUUAAAAGCCAAAGAAAAAUGGAAGCUGAUCUGGAAAGUAGUGAUUCAGUUUGUUUGAAGCAGCAUACAACAAUUUUAAAACAAAAAGACCUAUUGACAGAAAAAAUAACAAGUUUAGCAUUUGAAAAUGUACAAAAGACCAACGAGAUCAAUGAAUUUACACAAGCGUAUGAAGCAACAGAGGAUGAAAUAAGUAGAUUGAAUAAACUUUUGAAAGAUAGUCAACAUCGUCUACGAAAAUGUAGGAUUGCAAAAAAAAAAUUGGAAGUUGAGAUUAAGCAGUUAAAGAGUAUGAUAAAAGUAUGAUAAUAGUACUGGGGAAUCUUUUAUAUGUUAAUUUCGUAUUCAAAUUUACACUUAGGUGUUGUAUUCAGGGAAAUCUGUUGAAAUAUAUAUUAAAUAAACCUUAUGAGUUUAAAUUUAUAUUUAACCUUUUAAUACUAUUUUCUCAAACUUUUUGGAUGUAUAUAUUUUAAAUUUCAUUUUUAUUUUUUUCUUUUUACAAUACAUAUUUAAAUGCAUUUGAUUGAUA